GCUGUCAAGGUUGCGGUUUUUUGCGGUGACAGCAAAGCGGCACACGCCAUGUUCAGUGGAAACAAAAGGGGCAAGUUUCCACUGCUUGGUUGCCGGGUAAAGAAAUAACAUCGCUGGCUAGUUAGCUGAAUUUGAUGAAAAAUGAUAAAACUAGUAUGAGAAGGGAUUAUUUUUUGGGGGCGGGGGGCUGAUUGGAAAAUUGCUGGAAGUUGUUACAAUGCCCUUUCCGUCUACAACCCAGGUGUUGUUGGGUCGGGAAACACCCAAGCACUAUGGGAUCACUUCUCCUAUCAGCCUGGCCCAAGCCAAGGAGGCUGACCUGGUCCUCACACACAGGCUGACUGAGGCCCUGAAACCAUACGGGGUGUUUGAAGAGGAGCUGGAACUACAGCGCAGAAUACACGUGUUGGGAAAACUGAACACACUGGUGAAGGAAUGGAUCCGUGACGUCAGUGAGACAAAGAAUCUGCCUGCCUCAGUGAUUGAAACGGUUGGAGGGAAGAUCUUCACAUUUGGGUCCUACAGGUUAGGAGUCCACACUAAAGGUGCUGACAUUGAUGCCCUGUGUGUGGCUCCUCGGCAUGUGGAGAGAACAGACUUCUUCUCCUCGUUCCUGGACAAGCUGAAGGAGCAGGAGGAGGUCAAAGAUUUGAGGGCUGUUGAGGAGGCAUUUGUCCCCGUGAUAAAGCUGUCUUUCGACAGCAUUGAGAUCGAUAUCCUGUUUGCUCGGUUAGCGUUGCAAACCAUCCCAGAGAACCUGGACCUCCGAGAUGACGGGCUGCUGAAGAACCUUGACAUCCGCUGCAUUAGGAGUCUCAAUGGUUGUAGAGUUACAGAUGAAAUCCUCCAUCUUGUGCCCAACAUUGAGAACUUCAGACUGACACUGAGGACCAUCAAGCUGUGGGCUAAACGUCAUAACAUCUACAGUAAUAUCCUGGGCUUCCUGGGUGGUGUCUCCUGGGCCAUGCUGGUAGCCAGGACCUGCCAGCUCUACCCCAACGCCGUGGCCUCCACCCUUGUACACAAGUUCUUCCUCGUCUUCUCCAAAUGGGAAUGGCCCAACCCUGUUCUCCUGAAGCAGCCAGAGGACUGCAACCUGAACCUGCCAGUCUGGGACCCCAGGGUGACCCCCAGUGACCGGUACCACCUGAUGCCCAUCAUCACACCAGCCUACCCCCAGCAGAACUCUACCUACAACGUCUCUGCCUCUACGCGUGCCGUCAUGGUGGACGAGUUCAAACAGGGUCUGGCCAUCACAGAUGACAUUUUGCAGAGUAAAGCAGAGUGGUCCAAACUAUUUGAAGCACCAAACUUCUUUGAGAAAUACAAGCAUUAUAUUGUGUUGCUAGCAAGCGCCCCCACCGAGAAGCAGCACCUGGAGUGGGUUGGUCUGGUUGAGUCUAAGAUCAGGAUCUUAGUAGGAAACCUGGAGAAGAAUGAGUUCAUAACGUUGGCCCAUGUCAACCCCCAGUCAUUCCCUGGACCCAAGGAAAGCAGGGAGAAAGAGGAGGUCAGCACCAUGUGGGUGAUAGGGGUUAUCUUUAAGAAGAUGGAGGCAUCAGAGAACCUCAACGUUGACCUGACCAUUGACAUCCAGUCCUUUACUGACACGGUGUACCGGCAGGCGAUGAACAGCAAGAUGUUUGAGGCGGACAUGAAGAUCCAGGCCAUGCAUGUGAAGAGGAGACAACUUCACCAGCUACUGCCCAACCUGGUCAUGCCCAAACGCAGGAAGCACUCGACAGAGGGACUUCGUCAGAUGAAUGACAGUAGUCUGGACCUAUCGUUAGACAGUGACAACAGUAUGUCUGUGCCAUCCCCCACGGCCAUGCCAGCCACUGUGCCCACGUCAACCCCAGUGAAGUGUGGCCCACUAGGUCCCCCUCCAAGUCCCCUUGCGGCUGCAGCCGGCCAGCCUGAGGCCCCAGCUGUGAAGAGACCUGGCUCCCCUAUGCAGGAAGAGAGGAAGCGGUUCAAAUCAGAUGCUGAGGAUUCAGCUGUUGAGAAAAAGCCUUCAGGAGACACAGUCCCCACAAGCCUGACCCCCUCUCCUCCGCCCACCAUGGGCCCCCCAGCGGCCCCCCGCACCUCUCGCCAGGAGAUGCUGGAGGAGGAGGACCCCUCCCCAGUCCCAGAGACUAGGACAACAGUGAAUGGGGCAGCUGCCGGAGAGGAGUGCACCACUGUGGAGGCACAGGUCAAUGAGGACAGUAUGUCCGAGGAGAUGCCUGCUUCUGAAGGGGAAGGCAAGAUGGAGGCAGAUAUUAAGCGAAUGGUCAGUGCGGAUCUGUCUGAUGUGCCCCUCCUGCCAGCCAACCCAAUUCCAGUGGUGAAGAACUCUAUAAAGCUUCGCCUCAGCAGGUAGGAGAGAGGACAGACAGACGCAUCUACUCGCCUCCCCGGCCCCUAUACCCUGAACUCUACUGUGGGUGUCCUAAGACAUUCUCAGUCCUCUGCCACGGAAUGCCCACAGUGCUGCAGAUAAAAGACACAGGCGACUAGACAGACGUCAUCUCUUUUCAACCAGGGACAUUGUCAGUUGACACGAAGGACGUAGCUGCAACUGUCUCCACAAGAGGGCGAUGUUGCUCUUCUGCUGAAUUCUCCUAGGUGGCUUCCAAACCUAUACCUUACUGGUUAAAGGGUAGAAGUUGUCCCAUAGACACAGAUCUAGGAUCAGCACACCUUCCUCUGAGUCUUAGUAAAAACACGAACCGGACCCUAGAUCAACAUGUCGGCAUCUUCAUCCUACCCCCUUCCAGAGCUGCUGCUGCUGACCAGGAAUAAACAACGUGACAUAAAGGUGUCAUCUUUCCUGUGCAUGCAGACGUGUGUGUGUGUGCUGUGCGUGGACGUGGAUGCUCAUUGGUUCUCUCUCUUCUUCUCUCCUCAUUGUGUUGUCCAGAGAACAGAUGAUGACGGAACAAGUUCUGUUGACUAAUGAUGUUGGGAUUUCUUUGUCCCAGUGGUUUACUGUGUGUGUGUGUGCGUGUGUGUGUGUGAGUGAAGCACCUUGGUAUGAUGUCAAAACGUACUUUGAGUAAUAAAGAAGAGCAGAAUGGAAAAUGAAGAUUGGGUCAGUGGUGUUAGAUGUCUUCCUGUUACCGUUGUGAUAUACCGAAGUGUGUAACAGAUGACAGGUUAUGGCUGCGCCAAAGGUAGUACACUAUAAAGGGAAUUGGGUCCCAUUUGGGACGCCCAAAGCUAAUCACUGUCAGUCAGUCAACUGUUGGGAUGUGAGGUGGCCUUUGGGGUUGUAUGGAGAUGUAUAGGAAAGGGUAUGAGGGUGUUUGGGAUGCCUCAAAAAGACAUGGACACAGUCAGACACAUGCAGCUAACGCUUGCUAAAGGAACUAGCUCAGGUUCGAGUACAUACACAACACAAUAACUUUGACCAACAAAAAAAAAAGCUCACAACUUCUGUGGGAACAGAAUAGCUUAGUCUCUUCAGGAUAGUUUAGUGUUUUUAUUACGGUAGUCGUAUGUACAGGAUACACAUGGAAAACAUCGUCUGACGAAAUGCUAACUGGUUCCUUCUGGACAAUGCGACAAUAAUAAGAACUAAUAAAAGAUAACAAUAGGAACAUGAAGUAGAUGUCACAGUAGAAUAGAAUAAGUAUAAUAACAGGAAGUCACAAUUUCUAGUACAAUAUUUGGACAGGGUAGAAUAGUCAAUAGUGAUACAGGUCUAGAGAUGACAGGGAGUUAAGAGUUGAGUUCUACAGGAAUGUUCAGAUUAUAUCAGAGAAAUCUGGUUUUAGAGGGCUAUGGCUGGCAUGUUGAUUGGAGAAGUGGUCUGGUGUCUUGACUAGACCAUUUAGUUAUAUAUAUAUAUAUGCAUAGACUUAGAAUGAAUAGAACGGGUGUAGUACCUCUGACCAUUCUAAUCAUUCUGAUUCUAUGUAUACAUGCAUUGUACAGUAACUGUUAGUGUCCUGUACCAAAAACAUGAAAACGAUGAAAAACAAUGCUUUUUCUUUUGCGUGGAAGAUGUAAGACUUGAGCUUUCGUAUUGAUGGAUUAUUUGAAUAGAUAUAUAAUUACUCAACUAUCACGCAGAAGGUUAAGAGCACAAAUAUUCUUUGUUGGCUAUUAAUUUCUGAUUUACUAGGUCAUAACAUAAUUGGGAUGUGCCAGAAUAGUCGACGGGUUGAGUACUCGAUAGUAUUGUUAGAGGACGAAAGUUAUUUUUGGUUUCACAGGUUUUUUUUUUUUUUUUUGAAAAGUUUUAAAACGAUGUGUACUGAAUUUUCACCUACUCAAUAUUUUGUUGAUGUCUUAACAAAAUGUAGCUUUUGUCUCGGUUGUUUUGUGCUAAUUGUGUGGGACUCGUAUGUUAACGAUGAAUCUGAAUUUAGACCACUGUCAACAAUCUACAUGAAUAGAUCAUUUUCUUCAAUGACUAAACAUUAUUUCCCGUUCUUACAAUGCUCUUUUUCAGUUCAAAAUGGUUUCUUAGGUGUAUUUUUAAGGACGAGGUAUUGUACUUUUUUCCCCCUCAAAAAUAAAGCUCUACGUUGCAAAGA